UUUAAGCAAAAUAUUCCAUCUAGUGCAUGGCACUGUGAGAGUGUGAAAUACUAGUCUGGCAAACUUACGCCUAAAGGUAUCCAACUUCAGACCAGGCAACAAUUUAUUUCCUUCCAUCGAAAUUAAAAAAUGAAAACCCAAGAUAACAUUGAGCCUGAACGAUCAGGUUAUGAACGGGAUAAUGAUGCCCAAGACAAGAUCCAUUUGGAUGGCCAAGAUGCAUCUGAUCAUGAACACAAGACCCCGAGUAAAUAUUGCUUCUUCUAGAAUUUGCAUUGAUUUUUACGGCCUGCCAUGUUGGGUAUGAUUGCUGCUUUUGGAGAUGGUUUUAUUGGGAUAUUCUUUUGGGUGCAUAUUGAUCAGUAGUAGUUGGAUGUCUAUUUUGACUGGGGGGAGUAUAUAUGCAUAUGGACUAGCAAUGUGUUUGUGUUGCUUGGCUGAAACUACUUGUCUACCAGUCUCUGUAUGAUGUGGUGUACUAUGGUGGAGGGCAGUAUCUUGAAUGUAAAUGCAAAAUGGCUCAAAGCUGGAAUUAGUUCUGAUGAACUUAGACACUGGUUUGUUUACUAAGGCUGACCAGGAGCAUAAGAUGAAAGUGAAAAGAAUUCCUCAGCUAAGAGGGCAUAUAGUGAAAAUGAAUCCAAAACUGCUUCUGCUUUGAUGGAUGCCAGGAAGGAAGAAACAACUGCAGAUGCUCCAGUUCCAAUCCCAAAGGCCAUCCCCCACAUGCCAUUUCCUCCUCCACCAGAAUGUAUAAAACUUAAUGAAGAUUUGUCCUUAUCAUUGGUUCCACGCAUUAAGUUCAACUACACCCUUGGUUGCAUGGGUUCCUUUGUCAGACCCGUAGAUGUGUUUAAUGUAAAAAUUAUAAUCUCUCAUGGCUUAGAGAAAUUUUAUGUUUUUCCCAGUCCUAUCACAAUUCCCUUUGAUGACAUUCGCAUUCAUAUUGUGUCUCCCUUCAAAUGGACUGUUACUGAUGAAGGCAAAGAGAGGUGGAUCUUAGCAGAUGGUCACUUCUUCUUUAGGGAUCAAAGAUUGGUAUCUGAGGAGUUUCGCUUGGGCCUCAGGAAUUACUUGCUGAAGGAACAUGGCACAUAUAGAAUGAUAUUAAUGGGUGCCACCACUACAAGAAAAGUGAACAUAGACCACACUUAGACCAAUUUUUUUUUUUGCGAUGGCCGCAUAAGUGCAUAACUGUCGUUAAAAGCCCCAUUAACCACACUUUAUUUUGUUUACCACACACAAAACUGUGGUAAAAGGUCAGAGGCGACAGUUUUUAACCGUGGCCAAUGUAUUUACCACGGCUGUUGUGGCGACGCAGGCAAAACUGACGCAAAACUGUCGUAAAUGACCCUCCUUAUGUUUUUACGACAGUUUUGCGACAGUUUUACGUGCGUUGGCACAACAGCUGUGGUAAAAACAUUGGCCACAGUUAAAAACUGUCGGCUCUAAGCUUUUACCACAGUUUUGUGCGUGGUGAAUAAAAAAAUGUGUGGUUAAUGGUGUUUUUAACGACAGUUAUGCUGCCAUCGCAAAAAAAAUUGUGGUCCAUGUGCAGUCUAUGUGCACUUUUUUUGUAGUGCACCUAUCAAGUUGAGCUGACCUUGCCAUCUGAAGAAGAUCCCGAUCAAAUGAUGGCUUCCCUUUCAAACACCCCGGCUGAUAAUCAAGAGUCACCUACUAUCAUUAUUAAAGAUUUGCCUCAAUGGUUUACCGAUGAACCUGCAUCAGUACGCACCUUCCUCGAGACUCUGGGUGUGGUGAGAAGAGGGCGAUGGAGGGCUUGUGUCUUGUCGACUAUGGAUGUUUUUACUUGGACUGUAAUUUGUUGGUCUGGUCUGGUCUGAUCUGGUCUGGUCUGGUCUGAACUGGUCUGGCCUGGUCUGGUAAGGUCUGGUUUCUUUGUAUUUUUAUAACUAUCCAAGUCUGGUCUGGUCUGAAAUGGUCUGGUCUGAACUGGUCUGGUCUGGACUGGUCUGGUCUGGUCUGGUCUGGGGCAAAUUACAGUCCAAGUAAAAACAUCCUAUGUUCUCAUGUGGAAGGGACAAUUGCCCUUGAAAGAUGACUACCCUAAAUUCUCUGAUCCAAUGUUGAAGACACCACGAAACAUGAUGUUCUUCCUUCAAAAUCGUUGAAAGCAUGGAAUUGGAGAAAUAUUAGAUGUAAGGAGGGGUUGAUAUUCAUCUAACAUUAUGCGGUAGUAUGCGGUAGUAUGCUUGUAUAAGUUUGUAGUCUGUAGAUCUUCCCUCCAAUUCGCAUUAUCUACAUUUUUUAUUUAUAAAUCUGCAUUAUCUACUUUAAUACAUUGUAAACAAUUUGAUUUUAUUUAAGAGGUUUUGCUUAAAUAUUACUGGAAUGUAAUUU